AGCCAGCACCGACGACCCACUUGCCACCGCUGCAGCCAUCGAGGUGCUGACCCGUGGUGGCAAUGCGGCCGACGCGGCGGUGGCAGCUGCGGCCGCGCUCCAGGUGCUCAAGCCGUACGCGACGGGCAUCGGAGGCGACUGCUUCGCCCUCUUCUACGAUGCGAAGACGCGCACCGUGCGCUGCAUCGACGGAAGUGGUCCGAGCCCUGAAGCCCUGACCCGGGAGCUGUUUGCGGCAGGAGCGGACUCUGGCAUGGAGGCCACAGUUCCUGGUGCCGUCAAGGGCUGGUUCGACACCCUGCGCCAUUGCGGCAGCGGACGGGUGUCCAUGAGUGAGGUCCUGGCACCUGCCGUGCGUCUCGCUCGCGAUGGCUUCCCGGUGGGCGUGGUGAACGCGGCCCACUGGGUCACCUACGAUUCCAAGCUGGGCUCCCUGGUGAGGGGAGGCCACUUCUUACCUGUGCCCCGGGCUGGACAGCUGCUGUGCAACAAGCCACUUGCCGACGUUCUAGAGCGACUGGGCCAAGAGGGCGCGGGCGCCUUCUACAAGGGGCCCGUGGCCGAACCGGUGGCCGCGGCCGUCAAGCGCGCGGGAGGCGUCCUGGAAGCAGCCGAUCUCCUCCGGCACUUUGCCGAGCGCGGCGAUGGCAUGGUCGUUGCCGUGAGCACGAGGUAUCGCGGUGCCCGGCACACGGUGCCAUUUCCCAGCCACGGCAGCGUGCUCCUCGAGGCGCUCAACAUCCUCGAGCCGUUCGAGCUGCGCGAAGUGGAAGAGAGCACGUACGCGCACCUUCUUCUCGAGGCUCUGUGACUGGCGUUCGCGGACGGACUCACGUGGGUGGCUCAUGAGGGACCGGCGCGGGAUGGCCGGAUGGCUUCCAAGGAGCACGCCAAGAGCCGCCACGUGGACGUC